AAUUUAAUCCCUUAAAUCCUAAGUUUUUUAGAAUUUUGCAGCAUCUGUGACGUCACAAUCGAGGAUCGCCAUAUUUUACCUGCGUUUUCAACACAAAGACAUUCGCGACUUUUGUUUUACGUAUUUUAGAUGAAUUUCUCUCCUUGAGAGCGCCAUUAUAAGAUAAGAAGAGAAAGAUAACAAAUGGCGCAGAGUCCUACGGGUGGAGCUGUUAAGACUUUACAACUAGAAUACAAGAGAAUCAAUGAAGAACCAGUGGAGGGGUUCAAAGUGAAGCUUUUGGGCGAAGAAGAAGACAACUUGUUCGAAUGGGAAGUGGCGAUUUUCGGACCUCCAGGGACAUUAUAUGAGGGCGGAUAUUUUAAGGCACACAUGACAUUUCCAGCAGAUUACCCCUACUCCCCUCCCACUGUCAGAUUUGUCUCCAAGAUGUGGCACCCAAAUGUCUAUGAGAAUGGUGAUGUAUGUAUCUCAAUCCUCCACCCUCCUGUGGAUGACCCACAGAGUGGAGAACUACCCUCAGAACGCUGGAAUCCCACACAGAAUGUUAGAACAAUUUUGCUGAGUAUCAUAUCAUUGUUGAAUGAGCCAAAUACCUUCCCUGCCAAUGUGGAUGCAUCAGUUAUGUACAGAAAAUGGAGGGAUUCCAGGGGAAAAGACAAAGAAUAUGAAACAAUUAUCAGAAAACAAGUCCAAGCCACAAAAGAUGAUGCAGUGCGAGAUGGUGUGACAGUUCCAACCACAUUACAGGAGUAUUGUAUAACCUCAAAGCCUAAACCAGACAUCCAUGAUGAUUUCUAUAUGGAUGAGGAUUAUCCAGAUGAUAUUGACGAUGAAAUGGAUGAUAGUUAUGAGGAAGAUGAUGACGAUUCGGGCAACGGUGAAACAUGAUAAUUCACCGUUACUAUUUUGUAUACAUAUAUUAAUUUUUUUUUUUUUUUCUUUUUUUUUCUUGUGGAACAUUUUUCAGGGGAUGUGUAUAUGCAGUGUAAUACAAUGGACUAGGCUCAGAGAAAAAUUUCAUCUUUUAUCAAGUUACUGUGGCAACUGAUUCAAACGGGAUUAUACAACAACUCAACAGGAUUUGGAUACUUCAAAAUUUAACAAUUACAUUCGCCUAUGAAGUGGAAAAAAUUACUUAUCGACACAGAAGUUCUGCGCAAUGGCAAUAUGCGGAGUGCAGGAUUUCAUACACAUUCUUCCAGUUUUUCUUCGUCGGGAGUUGUCUUGAUUCCAACAUCUGUUUUACAAAGGUCGGGGAUGGAAUUUUACAUCGACUUUGCUUGUUUUAUGCACCCUGGAUACUGACUUGGUGAGAGCAAGGUGUGGAUUAGAGUUCAUCAAGAGUUCUAGGAUUUCAUGCUGCAUUAUGGAGCAGCACCCUAACCAUGCUAUUGAUUACUGUUGUUUCUUUAUUCGUCAUAUUAACUAUUGCUGCUCAUUUAAUCCAAUCUUAGUGGAAAUUUGUAUUCCAUUUCUUUGCCAGGUAGAACUAUAUGUAGAAUGACUACAGCAAAUUACCAUGAAACUCCAUCUAAUAUUGCUAAUUCGCUCGACCAUCUAUACAUGUAUGUAAUGCUUGCUUGGAUGGGAAAGGUUAUGUGGACACAUCUUUAAGAAAUAUAAAAAAGCUGCACUUUUGUAUAGGCUCUUAAUUUAAUUUAUCUUCCAUGUAGAUCUUGUUUUAGUGUAAUAUGUAAUAUAUGUAUGUUUGUAGUAUUUGUAGAUCUACACGUUUUCUGAAUGUUUCUUCUUUUGCAACCUUAAUUUCAGAUGUUAAAAAUUACAGUGCAAGACGAUGUCCACUCCUGAUUAUUGAGAGUUCAUGUUAGAAAAGAAGCAAAAAAAGUACAUAACUAUAAAAGUUUGGGGACAUCUAUUUCAUUGUACAGGGUGGGGUUAAGUACGGUUGGGUCAAGUCUUGGUGGGAUGUGGAACGUUGUUAUGUGUUGGGGUCGGAAGUGUGUGUAUGACUGCAUAGUAUUUUGACCUUUGUACAGUUAAAACAAAAGAAAAAAAAAAUCACCUGUAAAUAAACCAUCCCACGUCUGGGUUGCU